AUGGCUUCCGUUCCUCAAUUCUUCUACACUGACUACACAACAACAACAUCAAUAAUUCCCAAUGACUUCUGUGAGCAGCGCCCUCCUCCAACGGCGCCGGCACUGGGCGGCGGUGUAUUGUGGGGCGAGGAAACCUUGGUUCCUUUGUUCGAUGAUUUUGGGCUUCAUCAUCAACCUCCUAUUUCCCCAUCCCAAUACUCUUCUGAUAAACCUGGUCUGACACCCACCUCGUUUCCUCACCAAGACAUGAUCGCAUUGCCUGAACUUAACACGCCCUCCAUCUGUGCCACUAAUAAUGCAGCCCCAUGUCAAAGCUUUUGCGUUGGGUACCAACCUGAUGAUCAUCCCUUGUUUCAAUAUCCAGACGAAUGCUUCCGUUUGGUGCCUGAGACCGAACCACUUUACCACCCGCUUCCUCCCGACAACUGGGAAAUUCAAAGCAACCAAGUUCCUGUAUCUGAAGACUCAAACAUGAAGGUGGGCCGCUAUUCUGAAGAAGUAAGAAAAGAAAGGAUUCUGCGGUAUUUGAAGAAGAGAAACCAAAGAAAUUUCAACAAAACCAUAAAGUAUGCAUGUCGGAAAACCUUAGCCGACAGAAGGAUUCGAGUCCGAGGAAGAUUUGCGAGGAACAACGAAGCAUGUGAUCAACAACUUAAUCCGACUAAGAUCAACCACACUUCUAUUCACAAAGUGGACACUCAAUUAUUAUACAACCAAGAUCAUGUGGGUGCCCAGAUGAAGAAGGAUGAAGAAGAAUGGGUAGAAGAGAUGACAGGGUUAAUGUACUUACCCUACAUCAGCAGUUGAGAGAUGGCAGUGAUGAAAAUCAAGAAGGGGCAGCAAAUUAAAGGGAAGAAUAUAGGAAAAUACUUGGUGGGUAGGGCGUACUUUAAUUAAUGAAUUAAACCAGCAGAGGUAAUUAUGAUAAUGUUCCGAGUGUUAAUUUUUUUAAUCAUCCUAGGAUAUGGAAACAUAGGAGAGUAAGAGAAGGAGGGUUCAGCAUUUUGUCAUUCAAAUAAUAUAUAACAUAUGGUUUAAAAAGGUGUAGUUGAUG